CACUGUUUCUCCCAAAGCGGUCUACAAUUUCUCUUUUGCUUCCUCUGCUGUCUUCCUCCCUCUCUCUCCUGCUAUUUAUAAAAUCGCCUCACAACAAAAACAAAACAUAAAAAUAAACACUCUCUCUCUCGGACACAAGAUUCUCCCGUGAAAAUGGCUGAUGCUAAGACCAAAGUGGAAUCUAUCAGGGAAUGGGUUGUUGAACAUAAGCUUAGAGCUGUUGGAUGUCUAUGGCUUAGUGGUAUUACGGGUUCGUUUGCCUACAAUUGGUCGAAACCAAAUAUGAAACCCAGUGUCAAGAUCAUUCAUGCUAGGUUGCAUGCACAGGCUCUCACCCUGGCUGCAUUAGCUGGUGCUGCUUUGGUUGAAUACUAUGACCAUAACUCUGGAGCAAAGGCUGAUCGAUAUGCAGAGCUUGUCCCACACAAGGACUAAUACAUUCAAGAUACAGCAUACCUUUCAGGCCUCCACUGAAAAGUUAAUAACAACAAUAUUUCCUUGAAUGGGCAUUAGUUUUGUUCCUUUUUAUCUUUUGGUUGUAGUUGGGUUGACUGAAUACCUGCUUUGUAGCAGAGUCAAAAUCCAUGAGAGAAUGAAGUGAAAAAUGAUUUGUUUUCAAGUGUACUCCUAAAGAAAUACGAUUACAGAUUUUACUGGAGAGGGAUAAGUGGCGGAUGAGUGGAUUACUAUGAUGACCUUACCAUUAGCAAUUCAAUCAAUCACUGGUUUCAUUGA